AAGAAGAACGCAAAGCAUAAACUGAGCUGCUGGACUUGUUUGGAGAUUGGAGAUGGCUUCUUCCCAUGUAAGGCCUAACAACUCCAACGAAAUCCAUGACAUAGACGUCGUCACAGCUCAAACGUUGACCACCCCAAGCUUCUUCGACCCCCCCAGAGUCCAUCGUCGGAGAAAUUUGAAGGAACUCUUUCCACCAUUUCUUCCCAGAAAGGUUGUGUCUGAGAUGAUAGCUACAUUUUUACUUGUGUUCGUGACCUGCGGAGCUGGUGCGUUAAACAAGAACAACCCGGGCGUGGUGUCGCAAUUAGGGCAAUCGGUCGCCGGUGGCUUGAUCGUCACUGUGAUGAUCUAUGCGGUUGGCCAUAUUUCCGGGGCGCACAUGAACCCCGCAGUCACGUUAGCCUUCGCCGUGGCCCGGCAUUUCCCAUGGAUACAGGUGCCCUUCUAUAUGUUAGCUCAGAUAGCAGGGUCUACGACCGCCUCGUACAUCCUACGUGAGCUGCUCGAUCCCAUUCAUGAUCUAGGGACGACGACGCCGUCUCACACUGCCGCGAAAGCCUUGGUGGCGGAGAUCGUAGUGACCUUUAACAUGAUGUUCGUGACCGCGGCGGUAGCGACGGACACAAAAGCCGUAGGAGAGUUAGCAGGCCUCGCAGUUGGCUCAGCAGUUUGCAUCACCUCCAUCUUAGCGGGGCCCAUCUCGGGAGGGUCAAUGAAUCCAGCAAGGACGCUGGGACCGGCGUUGGCAAGCAACAAGUUUGACUCGCUGUGGGUGUACUUCGUUGGCCCGCCCGUGGGCACAGUAGCAGGGGCUUUGGCCUACAGCUUUAUACGACUAGAUGAGCACUCGUUAUCGUCACAGAAGGACAGCCAGAAGUCACCCUCCCUCAAGAUGCGUCGCGUGCAGAGCCAGGACAUGGCGAGUCCCACUAAUGAUGCUUUUGAAUCCGGCGUUUAGUUGUCUGAUGGGGUGAUCUCAUUGUGCCUUUCCUCCUUUAUGUAAUAAGAAGGUUAGUUGUAGUUUAUGCUAGCGGAUGAUAUGGUCAUCUCUCUUGUACCGCUAUGGCACUGAUUUAAGACAAGUCAUGUCUCGUAGCUGUUGGAUACUACUCUUAGCAGAUGAUAAUUUUCUCCCUAUGAAUCAGUAUGUUCUUCGUAUUA